CCCAAACUUAAACAUAAGAAAUGUUCAAAUACGAGAUAUCAAGACCAUAUAAACCAUAUAAUGUUUUAGUUUAAGGCUAUACUCGUAUGGCGUAAAUCCAGUUCGUUUUAAUCAUAAUAAACUAUUAAUCCAUCGAAAGUCUUAACCCUAUAGUGUAUACCCCUCUUACCAACAAAACUCCCCACGAAAGAAGUAGUAUAUACAUAUAUACCCUUUUCCAGCCGCCACUGUACUUAAGAUCCCUUUUUGUUUAUCAGAAUCUUUGUGGUGAAUUCUGUGGCACAUGUUGUUCAUUUGAAAUUCGAAUAGUCCACCAUAUACACACAAUAAUCGCCAGUCGACGUCUGAAAUCCAUGAUGCACACACCCCGCCUGUCGAAUAUUAAGCGGGCAUCGGUGCUCCUCGUCGCCGCCCUGCUGCUCUAUGUCUUCGUCUUCUCCAGUGGCUAUCAGAAGUACCAGAUCGAGGGCAUUAUCAAGCGGAGUCAACCGGAAAAGGUCUGGGAGUAUGUGGCGGAUUUUAACAAGAUGCGGCUGCUCAAUCCCACCAUUUUAAACUUCAAGAUCCUCGCUGAUCAUGGCCACGCCCACGACUGGCGCUACACGGUGCAAUACACAGAGAGACUAUCCCAUUGGCCAUACUGGCUGAAUACGGCCACGGCAAAGUACGUGGUCACCAAGUCAAUGCCCGGAGUAUCGCCCGUGGCCUAUGCCAUCAAGUCCACGCAUCAGACCUGCUUCUUUGCCGGAUUCUACUGCCUACAAUCAAUAAGUGAGUUCACGUUCAGGAACUCGAAUGGUGAUACCCUGGCCCAGGAGAACAUACAGUAUCAGUGUCCACCACUCUUGGGCGGCAUGUGCAGGCGGGAACUGGAGUUCCAGCGCCAGGCGGUGAUGCACAACUUAACGAUAAUAUUCGGAAAACAGAGAGGAUAGCAUAGAAGGACCUAAUUGACUUACCUAACAAAUAUCUUAAUUGCUAAUAAAACACACAACACUUCAUUUUUAAAUGUUAA